CUAGCUAGUUCAGUAACAUUGAUUUUUUUUUAAUACAUUCAAGAAAAGUAGCUCUGUGGCUGGCUGAGCUGAACCUGCUGCCUUCCAGGUGUCACUGAGGGAAGGAAAGCAACUAAGUUAUAGAUUUAUGGUCAUAGGGAAUAAUAAUUUUAAAAAGCUUAUCUUUCAUUGACAGCAGGAUAUUUUACAUGCAUACUAUAGAUCCGUUAUGGUUAUGGUUUACUCAAAUAAAUACAUUCUGCAUUGAACAAUGUUCAUUUCCGAGAGAACGUAUGUAGCAGGACUAGCUCCGCUAGUUCAGUCGCACGGUGAAGUACAGUGAAAGCUACGGCUCGUGGUAGGAUACCGUCCCUUUCUAAGGGUGAUUUUGUUUUUAGCUGACUGGUAACGUGUUCGUCCAACAAAAAUUUGGACGAGUGAAAGGCUGGGGUUCAAAUCCCACCUCGGUCUCAGGCAAAAAUAUCCCUCUCGUUACACGUGCCGGUCCAGGAAGAAGCGUGCGAGUACGUGCUCUCUACGUUCCAGGAAACAGUGAGCCGGGGAGCGCGCACGCAGCUGUCUCAGACAGCGUGAGAGCUGUAGACAGUGACCAUAGUGCAAGUGCAUAUGGGUCUGACAACGAACAAUUAACAACGGUGGACUUAUGGGACGCAUACGAAAAUCUGGCUUCCCUCUCGUAGCCAAUCCGUAGCCUGAGUGAAGCGGCCUGAGACGGUGGGCGGAGCCAGGUUGAGUGCUGGAGCAGUUGCCAUGGCGUCGGUGCGCUUCACGGUCACGCCCACGAAGGCGGAGGACCUGCCGGGGCUGUCGGACACGUCGCCGGACGCCAGCUCGCGGUCCAGCGGGCGCGUGCGCUUCGGCUCGCGGGAGAGCGUCAGCCGCAGCGAGCCAAUCAGCGAAGCCUCGGGCGCCGUCUCCACCUCCGCCGGCACGACCGCCGGCACGCCCGACCGCAGCGCCGCUGAGCAGGGGGAUGCACGGCCCAAGCUGUCGAGCGCAUACAUUAAUAAUUCCCAUGGAGUGGAUGACGAUGACUUCUAUGACAGGAACCUGGCACUGUUUGAGGAAGAGAUGGACACUCGGCCCAAAGUGUCAUCGCUUCUCAGUCGCCUGGCAAACUACACCAACCUGACCCAGGGAGCCAAGGAGCACGAGGAGGCCGAGAAUAUCGGGGAGAAGCGCAAACCCAGCAAGGCUCCCCAGAUGGGCACCUUCAUGGGCGUGUACCUGCCCUGCCUGCAGAACAUUUUGGGGGUGAUUUUGUUCCUGCGCCUGUCCUGGGUGGUUGGAGCCGCGGGAAUCCUCCAGGCCCUGUGUAUCGUGUUCACUUGCUGCUGCUGUACCAUGUUGACUGCUAUUUCCAUGAGUGCCAUCGCUACAAAUGGAGUCGUACCAGCUGGGGGGUCGUACUUCCUGAUCUCCCGCUCAUUGGGCCCGGAGUUCGGAGGGGCCGUGGGGCUGUGCUUCUACCUGGGCACCACCUUCUCUGGGGCCAUGUACAUCCUGGGGGCCAUCGAGAUCCUGCUGAUGUACAUCGCUCCAGCUGCAGCAGUGUUCCAGGCAGCCCAUGAGGAUGAGGAGGAGGCCGUGCUGCUGAAUAACGUGCGGCUCUACGGCAGCAUCUUCCUCCUGCUCAUGGCUCUGCUUGUCUUCGUCGGUGUGAAGUACGUCAACAAGCUGGCGUCCGUCUUCCUGGCGUGCGUCAUCCUCUCCAUCCUCUCCAUAUACACCGGAGCUCUGGUGUCUGCCUUCUCCACACGCCCCUUCACGGUGUGCAUGCUGGGUAACCGUGCCGUGUCAGGCCACGCCCUCCUCGACGGGCAGUGUGCGAAGAGCGUGGUGCCAACUGACCAGGAGUCAGCCAAUCAAACGCUCAAUGGCACAGCCCCGCCCCUCAACGCCACCACAAGCGCCCCCCCCACCCCCACCCACCUGUGGGAGCUCUUCUGUAACAGUUCCCAGCUCAACGCCACGGAGAACUGCGACGCCUACUUCUCCCAGAACAGCCUGUCUGAGCUGGAGGCCAUCCCCGGCCUGGGAAGCAGUGUAAUCUCAGAGAACAUCUGGAGUUCUUACCUGAUCAAAGGGGACGUGCUUGAGAAGGACCCACACGCCUCCACAAAUAUGCCUCAUUCUCCGUCCAAUCGGCUGCCUUACGUCUUCGCUGACAUCACCACCUCCUUCACGCUCUUAGUGGGGAUCUUCUUCCCUGCCGUCACAGGUAUCAUGGCAGGCUCUAACCGGUCGGGGGAUCUGAGAGACGCCCAGCGCUCCAUCCCCAUCGGCACCAUCCUGGCCAUCCUCACCACUUCACUCAUCUACCUCAGCAGUGUGGUCCUGUUCGGAGCCUGCGUCGAGGGAGUGGUACUGAGAGACAAGUUUGGAGACUCUCUGCGGGGGAACCUGGUGGUGGGGGCACUCUCCUGGCCCUCCCCCUGGGUGAUUGUGAUUGGCUCCUUCUUCUCCACCUGUGGGGCUGGGCUCCAAUCCCUGACCGGCGCACCCCGCCUCCUGCAGGCCAUCGCCAAGGACAACAUCGUCCCCUUCCUCAGGGUGUUUGGCGAGGGGAAGGCGAAUGGUGAGCCCACCUGGGCCCUGCUGCUGACGGCUCUGAUAGCAGAGCUGGGCAUCCUCAUCGCCUCCCUGGACCUGGUGGCCCCCAUCCUCUCCAUGUUUUUUCUGAUGUGUUAUUUGUUUGUGAAUCUGGCCUGCGCUCUGCAGACUCUUCUGAGAACUCCCAACUGGAGACCCCGAUUCUCCUACUACCACUGGACCCUGUCGUUCUUGGGUAUGAUAAUCUGCCUGGCCCUGAUGUUCAUCUCCUCAUGGUACUAUGCCAUUGUUGCCAUGGUAAUUGCUGGGAUGAUCUACAAGUACAUCGAGUAUCACGGCGCAGAGAAGGAGUGAGACGGGAUCAGAGGUCUGUCUCUGAGUGCAGCUCGCUUUGCAUUACUGAGGCUGGAGGAAGGACCUCUGCACACCAAGAACUGGAGGCCCCAGUUGCUGGUGCUGUUGAAGCUGGAUGAGGAUGCCCAUGUGAAGUCCCCGCGCCUCCUGACCUUUGCCUCCCAGCUGAAGGCGGGAAAGGGCCUCACCAUCGUGGGCACCGUCAUCUCCGGAAACUUCCUCACCAGCUACGGAGAGUCCCUGGCUGCAGAGCAGACACUGAGACAGCUGAUGGAGCAGGAGCGGGUGAAGGGCUUCUGCCAGUGCAUCGUGGAGAAGGCCCGCGAGGGCAUCAGUCACAUGAUCCAGUCCAGCGGCCUGGGGGGCAUGCGCCAUAACAGCGUGGUGAUGGGCUGGCCCCACACCUGGAGACAGAGUGAGGACCAGCUGGCCUGGAAAACCUUCAUCCACACGGUGCGGGUGACGACAGCGGCACACCUGGCCCUGUUGGUGCCGAAGAACACCUCUCUGUUUCCCGGCAACAGCGAGCCUUUCACCGACGGCUACAUCGAUGUGUGGUGGAUCGUCCACGACGGGGGAAUGCUCAUGCUCCUGCCCUUCCUGCUGCGGCAACACAAGGUCUGGAGGAAGUGUUGGAUGCGGAUCUUCACUGUGGCGCAGAUGGAGGAUAACUCCAUCCAGAUGAAGAAGGAUCUGGCCACCUUCCUGUAUCACCUGCGUAUCCAGGCUCAGGUGGAAGUGGUGGAGAUGCAUAACAGUGACAUCAGUGCGUACACCUACGAGAGGACCCUGAUGAUGGAGCAGCGGUCCCAGAUGCUAAGACAGAUGCGCCUCUCCAAAUCUGACCGAGAGAAAGAGGCCCAGCUGGUGAAGGACAGGAACUCCAUGCUGCGUCUGACGAGCAUCGGCUCAGACGAUGAUGAUGACACGGACGCUGGGGACCGCAGUGUGGGCGGAGCUACUACAGAGCAUCGGCGUGUCCACAUGACCUGGACCAAAGAGCGUGCUCAGCAGAUGCGAGCGCAGUCCGCCUGCAGCACGCCCCAGGGGUUCAGAGACAUGCUGAGCAUGAGGCCGGAUCACUCCAACGUGCGUCGCAUGCACACUGCUGUGAAGCUGAACGAGGUCAUCGUCAACAAGUCCCAUGAUGCUCGGCUGGUGCUGCUCAACAUGCCGGGACCUCCCAGGAACCAGGAGGGAGACGAAAACUAUAUGGAGUUUCUGGAGGUGCUGACCGAGGGGCUGGAGCGCGUCCUAUUGGUCAGGGGAGGAGGAAGUGAGGUCAUCACCAUCUACUCGUGAUGGAGUGGAAGCAGAGCAGGCGGGGGGGGGCAGGGGGGGCUGGAACCCGCUGCUCGACUGUAACUGAACUCUGCUGUACGACAGGUCUGCUGAACUCACAGAACCUGCACUUGAUCUCCACUGGAUCCCACAUUACCCCACUCACUGCCCAGACACAUUCCAUUUGGGGGGUCUCCUCAGCACUGACAGCUAUCAAUGCAGUGUUCUCUUACUGUGUGUGAGCGUGCAUGCGCACGAGUGAGUGAGUGAGUGAGUGAGUGAGUGAGAGAGUGAGAGAGUGAGAGAGUGAGAGAGUGAGAGAGUGAGAGAGUGAGUGAGUGAGUGAGUGAGUGAGUGAGUGAGUGAGUGAGUGAGUGAACUCAGAGGGUAAGCAGUGUGUGUGUGUGUGUGUAAACUCAGUGUUGUUCUUUCUGUUCAGGGUUUGUCUGAGUCUUUCCCACUCCACAUUUUGUGCUUGUACAUAAACACUGAGGAAUCCCAGGGAUUUUCAUUUUUUAAAUAAUCACAUAAAACUAUUAAAAAUAUUUUCCUGUAAAAUGGGAAUAAACCUGAGCCUCUGCUUUA